AAACUGUCGAUGCUGUAAACCGGAAGUUUAUCACACUGUGUAACACCAGCCUUUUCUGAUCAAUAUUCGUUUUGCGCGCUUAUGUUUCAAGGUUGCAGCACGCGCUAUAUAUGGUUUCAUUCAGCUUUUCUUCAUACGCACUAUGCAUACCUUGUGGUGGAUUUUGUUGCUGCUCCCAUUCUUUGUGACCGGUGGCUUCUCUGGCUGCAAGUCCCUCGGCGAAAGCUGUUGGAAGACUGUCUUCGAUCCAUGUUGCGGUUCUACCGUGUGUGAUUUAGACGUUGGAAAAUGCAUCAAGUGUUACGCGUUAGGACAUGGAUGUCUGCGGGAUUCCGAAUGCUGCGACGACAAUUGCCAUUUAUUUAUGUGUGCUCCACCUGGUUAUAGCAUUUGGAAGGAACUCGUAGGUGCCUGGAACGGGAAGAAGUAGCCGUUUCGCUCCAAGGCUUCAACGAGCAAACAUAGCCAUCCAUUUUAGCAUGCCAUCCUCCUUGAUAUUUUUUUGAUGUCAAUGUACGAAUGAAUUUCCACAGCAAUUAUAUUCUUGCCCAUGGCACUUACGUUGCUGACCAAGCGACCUAACAUGUUCCCCAUCUUAUUGUUUGCGAAAGUACUUCGGGGGUUCUCGAGAUGAAUAUUUCACCCCUGUGUUAUAUAAAGUGGGGCAAAAGCUACGUUGCUCUGCUUGGAUGGUUACUACGAAAACUCAUGAUCCCCUCUAUCGUCAAACUGAAAGGUUACCUGCCCAAGUGCUACACACGACUGUCUUUCUCGCGGGUUUGCGUCUUUUUCAACUUUCUACUCUUUAUGUUAAGUUGUAACAUGGACAAGAACUUAGUCUGUAUCCGUCUAAGGAAGGUAAAAUGCAAUUUUCACACAGU